GUCUGGCCGGUCGUCGCCAAACUAUCCUAAUGGCCUUGAGCAGCCCUCGGGUCGUCGUUCGUCAAGAUCAGUGUCCAAGUCACCCCAGCCGGAGUAUGCAUUGUCUGAGGCGCCUCAGCCGAAAGCGAGACGGAAAGCCUCGAUACCCAGCAUGCAGUUCAUGCAAGAUCCCCGAAGCUCCCUUGUGCCUGCGCGCACGCCCCCUCUGGACUCGCGCCAGCCGUCUCCGGCAUUGCCUCCUUUGCCCUCGACCACCCCGUCGCCGUCCACCUCACCACAAUUCGCGCACGUCCCCAUUUCCGAGAAGAACGGCAGUGUGCGCAAGUCAAUCCUCAAAUCGUGGAAAUCCGCCUCUGGGAGCCUCUCAGUGAACACAGCGACGCCGUCCUCGUCGAGUACACCGCGGUCUAGCACGGAGCUUCUCGGCGACGCGCAAGUCAAACGACGCCGGCCAAGCGUGCUCGACGGCUCCGCGCCCUCGAAGCGCGGUUCGACUGUGUCCGCGGCGACAACGCUUGUCGACCUCCCGCCAAGCCCUGCGAUUCCCGACGAGUUUGCAUUCGCACAGUCGCGGAAGCGCAGCAGUCAGUCGAACUUGCUAAGCAACGGUGCGCGGCGCGCCUCAGGGCGCCCGCGGCCGAGCCCGAGCAUGUCUUCCUCGUCAACGUUGUCGUCGUCCUCUCCGCCGCGCCCAAGCCGAUUGACGCCAACGGGCUCUCCGCCGAAGAACGGACGGCUGUCACGCGCAUCUGAUAUGUCUGACGAGCGGCCGAGCUUCGACGUGUCGCAGUUCGAGAUUGUGUCGCCGAAAAUGGGGGCGUCUCCGCUGGAGACCACGCUCUCGUACCCUUAUCAUACGCUGGACCACUCGAUGACCUCUGCGGAGUGAGAUGGCGUUGGCGUUGGCUUUCGGUACGACUCGGGGUCCUGCCUCUACGCUUCCAAUUUCCGACUUGACGAUGGCUAAUAUGCUGGACAUAAUACGCACGUAUGACGGCUUGCACACUGGUGUGCUGACUUCCCAUGACCCUGAUCACCCUGCUCGCUCCUCACGCACGCCCCUGACUCUUCACGCACCUGCACCGACUCUCCUGUACGGCGUUACUAAUACAACCAUCUUGUUGUCAUUCCUCUCUCUCAAAAUCACUGCAUGUGUAGAUACCUUCGCUUUCAGUUGCCAUAUCGUUUAUAAUUAUACGUAGGUAUCGAGGAUACAUUGUCUCCUGUAAUACAACAUGCAUUGCCGGCUCUGGC